AUCGCGCCAGGUCAGGAAGUCGAAUGCAGAUAACAUAGAAUCUUUGAAGGGUAGUGUAGUCAAUGACAAAAACUUAUCGUUAAUGCGGUGAAGAAGGCUAUGCCAGGGGCAUGACUGUCAUAAAACAAAACAAAAAUUGGUUGGAAACUCUGGCCUCCGUAUAUAACCAGCAAUCCUUUUUCCAUCUUCCAUCGUCAAGGCGCUCGCGGCAAUCUUUUGUGGAAGUAGAAAGGGGGUGUCUUUUCUUCUUCUUCUUCUACUUUGUUUCUCGUCUCUGUAAGUCUGUAAUUACGUAUUCUGUACAGACCUUGUAUCCCUUUCUGGAUGUAUGGCUGAUGGCUCAUAACUCAUAAGGUGAUUAAGGCCUGUGUGUGAUUAAAUUCUGAUUUAGAUCUUUCUGGCGACUUAGGUUUAUUGGAUCUCGCCUGUCAUUUGUAUCGAGGAAUACCACAUCUCCAUAAAGCUUCAAACUUCAAUAUUGCAAGACUGAAUGAUAUAAUGGAGUCCAAAGGUGGAAAGAAGUCUAGUAGUAGUAGUAAAUCAGUGUUCUAUGAAGCCCCUCUUGGUUAUAGCAUUGAAGACGUCCGACCAAACGGUGGAAUCAAGAAGUUCAGAUCAGCUGCUUAUUCCAACUGCGCCCGGAAACCAUCCUGAUAUUUCUUCACUAGUGUUCUGAUCACGUCUUGAGGCGUGCUGCUACUAAAGCUAUUAACUGUUCUAUUACCUAUUUAGUUUUCUUUGUCCCUUUUAAGUACAACUAAAACCCACAUUUCCGUUAUCCUUUCUCUUUCUGUUGCCUUCACUUACCCCCUUUUAGGCACCUGUCUUUAUUGAACCUCUUUCUGGCUUAAAAAGAUCCAUUUUUAGAAAUGGCCAUGUCUGUCUCUGCAAUUGGUUUUGAAGGAUAUGAGAAGAGGCUUGAGAUUUCUUUUUUCACGCAUCCUGAAGGAAAAGGCCUUAGAUCCCUUUCCAAAUCCCAGCUGGAUGAGUUUCUUGGACCCGCUGAGUGCACAAUAGUUGCUUCACUGUCAAACGAGUUUGUAGACUCUUAUGUCCUGUCUGAGUCGAGCCUUUUCGUUUAUCCCUACAAGAUAAUCAUCAAAACCUGUGGGACCACCAAAUUGCUCCUAUCAAUCCCGCCCAUCCUAAAGUUGGCGGGGUCACUCUCUCUUGAAGUACAAUCUGUGAGGUACUCCCGUGGCAGCUUCAUCUUCCCGGAAGCUCAGUCAUACCCUCACCGUUUCUUCUCAGAAGAAGUCGCCAUUCUGGAAGGAUUUUUCGGAAACCUCAGCUCGGGAAGUAAGGCUUACAUCAUGGGAGGCUCCAACAAGCAACAGAAGUGGCACGUUUACUAUGCUUCGGCUUCUUCUACUCCCACUUCCAAGCCCAAGAGCAGCCACCCUGUUUACACCCUGGAAAUGUGCAUGAUCGGUUUGGACAAAAAAAAGGCUUCUGUGUUUUAUAAACACGAUGCCAGCUCAGCAGCGAUGAUGACCGUUGAAUCUGGAAUCCGGAAGAUCCUACCUCGGUCCAAUAUAUGUGACUUUGAGUUUGACCCUUGUGGAUACUCCAUGAAUUCUAUUGAAGGAACUGCCCACUCCACAAUCCAUGUCACUCCGGAAGAUGGAUUUAGCUAUGCUAGCUUUGAAGCUUCGGGAUACGACCUCAAAGCUAUGAAUCUCACAGCGUUGGUUAAAAGGGUUUUGGCAUGUUUCAUGCCCAGGGAGUUUUCUAUAGCCAUUUAUGCUGAUGCUCUUCCCGGCAAGGUGCUCGAAUCAGUUUGCUCGGUGGACUUGAAUGGUUACUUUCUUGGUGAGAGAUGCAAUGGAGAGUUCGGAAGUGGUAGUUCUAUUGUCUACCAGAAGUUUGUUAGGGACUAUGCUUACCGUUCAUCCAGGCCUGUUCUGAAAGGAUGCUCCUUGUAAGACGAAGUAAGCUGAAGAAGAAGAGGUGGAGUUGUACCUUGGUUGGUUUUCGUGGUACUCUUUUUAUGUUGUCUCUGUUUAUAAUAUUAUUUUCUACUUGAAUAGAGUCUUGUUUACCGUUUGUUUACACUGGCUUCUAUAUUUGUUUUGUUUGUUCUAAUCCAUGGGCCUAGCCUGUCAAUGGAUUAUGGGCGUGUAUACCUGUUCUGGGCUUCUGUUGUAUGCUUGUAUACGUUUGAAAAAUGAGAAUUGGUAUUAAAUUUUAAAAUUAGCACAAUAACAUUUUGAUGAUUAUAUAAUGAAAAUAAUACUCAUAAAUGAAGAAGUUGAUUU